CACCGGAAGUCGUUCAGAUUUUUAUCGCGCUAGCUUGACAGACGACUGGAAAGCGACCAGAUGGGAUUCUGCACUGGCUUCUUAACAGAUUCCUCACAUUUCAAAUUGUAUCGCACACAUUUUUAGCGGACUUUCCUGCCAACAAACAGCCCUGGCGUGACGGCAGACGCCUAUCUGGGAGGCUCGGCUGCGCUGUGAACCGGGACAGGAGCGGUCAAGACAUUUAAAGACACCCCACCAAACAUCUUCCCACUGUCCCAAGGCGAGUGUGUGUCCAUCAUGCCGCUGUUCGGUAAAUCCCACAAGACUCCGGCGGAUAUCGUCAAGACACUGAAGGAAAACCUGGCCAUCCUGGUCAAACAGGACAAGAAGACAGACAAGGCAUCUGAGGAGGUGUCCAAGUGUCUGGUGUCCAUGAAGGAGAUCCUGUACGGCAGCAAUGACAAGGAGCCUCACACUGAGACGGUGGCCCAGCUGGCCCAGGAGCUGUACAACAGCGGCCUGCUGAUGUCUCUGGUAGAAAACCUGCAGGUCAUAGACUUCGAGGGGAAGAAGGAUGUGUGUCAGAUCUUCAACAACAUCCUGAGGAGGCAGAUUGGGACGAGGAGCCCCACUGUCGAGUAUUUCUGUUCCCAUCAAGAGAUCCUCUUUAUACUGCUGAAAGGGUACGAGACACCCCAGGUAGCGUUGAAUUGCGGUAUCAUGCUGAGGGAGUGCAUCCGCCACGAGCCACUCGCCAAGAUAGUUCUCCAGUCGGAACACUUCCACAGUUUCUUCAACUACGUGGAGAUGUCCACCUUUGACAUCGCCUCGGACGCCUUCGCCACCUUCAAGGAUCUCCUGACAAGACACAAAGUGCUCGUGGCCGAGUUCCUCGAACAGAACUACGAUGCUGUGUUUGCAGACUAUGAGAAGCUGCUGCACUCUGAGAACUACGUCACCAAGAGGCAGUCUCUAAAGCUUCUGGGUGAGCUGUUAUUGGACAGACAUAACUUCACGGUGAUGACACGCUACAUCAGCAAGCCCGAGAAUCUCAAGCUGAUGAUGAAUCUGCUACGAGACAAGAGCCCCAACAUCCAGUUUGAGGCCUUCCAUGUCUUCAAGGUUUUUGUAGCAAACCCCAACAAGACGCAGCCAAUCGUCGACAUCCUGCUCAAGAACCAGACCAAACUAAUCGACUUCUUGAGCAACUUCCAGAAGGAUCGCACAGACGACGAGCAGUUCAACGACGAGAAGACCUACUUAAUCAAACAGAUCAGGGAUCUGAAGAAACCGGCUUCUUAGAGAAGCACCCCUCCCUGCCCUCGACCCUCAACUUUUUAUCAAUAGGAAGACAUACAGUAGAAAAAAAACACAUUAACAAUAACGGUUAUUCUAUUUCAAAAAAUCUUCUCGACGUUUUCUUUUUUUCUCUUCGUUGGUUCAUUUAAGACUUGUGCAAGAGUAGUUCUCAAUCACUGAUCUUUCUUUUGUAAAUUUUUCUCAUGAAUUUUUUUUUUUCAUCUGUAGCAUGUAGUGCCACAACUCAUGGUGUUGGAGGCAGCUGAUUUGCUCUGUUGGGAGAACCAGCGGUUAAAAAGCUUCGGCCAAAAUGGUCGGACAUAAACAGACGUGACCAUUUUUGUAUCACUCGCCAGUUGCGGGCGCUCUGUUAGUUGCUGCACACAAUUUAAUUCCUUAACUGUUUAAAUGAAGUAGCUGCAAAUAUAAAACAAGAGAAGUAUUUCUGUUCUGUUUUUUUUUUUUUUUUAAGCUGGGUCAACAUGUCUGUUCGGGAUCAGGCAAAAACACAUUCUUGGUCAUUGCUAAAAGCUUUGUAAGCCAAAUGGCAGCGGUAACUCUCAGUUGCCUUCUGCUAGCCAAACGUCUUUUUGUUGUACUGCCAAAGCCAACGUUCGCUUAGUUUUCUCUCUCUGAAACUGAAAAGCAUCAUCAGACUUCAUUAUUAGCAGAUUUUAGCAUUGCUAGUUUAACAAGGGAAAGGCCUGAGGCGUGGACUCGAGUCACAAAUUAGUUUAAUUUAGUCUCAAGAAAAUCAAAAAAAGACUUGAACCUCGACUUGGACUUAAACACCAAUAUCUCGCGACUUCACUUGGACUUGAGCCUUUUGACUUGAAAGCACUUGAUACUUUCCCCCAAGCCCAAAGCUUUAGUUCACGUACAAAAAAAAUGCAGUGGUCAAAAAAAACUAAUUGCAGUAUGCAAAACCUGGGGGUUGAGAAUUACUGACAAUAACAUGCAACUCCCAAUUUAGUUGGACAUUUGAAGUUGCACAAAGAACAGUCACAAAGUCAAAGCUAAUGUCAGCAUAGUUAGCAAGCUAAUGCUUAGUAACGUUAGCUUAAUUGUUGACUUUUUAACAAACUUGUUUUAAGAGAUAAAUGCAAAUCAUAAAAAGCUUUUGUGAUUUUUGUAAAUUUAAUAUUGCCAUUACUUUUGUUGAAGAGCGCCUUGUGACUUGUUUCAAGGUUAAGGACUUGGGAUGCGUCAGUCUUGACUUUGGAUGCGUCAGUCUUGACUUGGAACUGGAACUUGCCUGCCUUGACUUGGGACUUCACCCUCUUGACUUGGGAUUUACCUGUCUUGACAUUAAACUUGACUUAGAACUUGCCUCUUUUGACUUGGGACUUGCGUAUCUUGACUUGAGACUUGCCUGUCUUUACAUGGGACUUGACUGUUCUGACUUGGGACUCGCCUUCUUUGACUUGGGACUUGACUUGGGACUUGCUUCUCUUUACUUGGGACUUGCCUGUCUUAAUUUGGGACUUGCCUGUCUUGACUUGGGACUUGCCUGUCUUGACUUGGGACUUGCCCGUCUUGAUUUUGGACUUGCUCCUCUUUACUUCGGACUCAGCUGUUUUAAUUUGAGACUUGGUUUAUUUGAGACUUGCCUGUCCUGACUUGGGUUUUGAUUUGGGACGUGCCCAUCUUAAUUUGGGACUUGCCAAUCUUGACUUGGGACUUGCUGUCUUUAUUUGGGACUUGCCUAUUUUUACUUGGGACUUACCUGUGUUGACUUGGGACUUACCUGUGUUGACUUGGGACUUACCUAUGGUGACUUGGGACUUACCUGUGUUGACUUGGGGCUUGCCCAUCUUGACUUGGGACUUACCUGUGUUGACUUGGGACUUGCCUAUCUUGACUUGGGACUUGCCAAUCUUGACUUGGGACUUACCUGUCUUGACUUGGGACUUGCUGACUUUAUUUGGGACUUGCCAAUCUUGACUUGGGACUCACCUGUCUUGACUUGGGACAUGCCAAUCUUGAUUUGGGACUUACCUGUCUUGACUUGGGACUUGCUGACUUUAUUUGGGACUUACCGAUCUUGACUUGGGACUUGCCAAUUUUGACUUGGGACUCACCUGUCUUGACUUGGGACAUGCCAAUCUUGACUUGGGACUUACCUGUCUUGACUUGGGACUUGCUGACUUUAUUUGGGACUUACCUAUCUUGACUUGGGACUUGCCAAUCUUGACUUGGGACUCACCUGUCUUGACUUGGGACAUGCCAAUCUUGACUUGGGACUUACCUGUCUUGACUUGGGACUUGCUGACUUUAUUUGGGACUUACCUAUCUUGACUUGGGACUUGCCAAUCUUGACUUGGGACUCACCUGUCUUGACUUGGGACUUGCCUAUCUUGACUUGGGACUUACCUGUGUUGACUUGGGACUUGCCUAUCUUGACUUGGGACUUACCUGUCAUGACUUGAUACUUAAGAUUUGUAACUUGUGACUUGUAAAACAAUGACUUGGUCCCACCUCUGGGAAAGGCUGAAGGAGUUGUGUGAAAUUGAGAACACACAUAUAAAGGCUGAUUUGUUUAUGAUAAUACCUUUCCAAAAAUCACAGAUUGGCACUUGUCUGCAAGACUAGACUGAGACUAGAGGAGUUCUAGUCACUGUUGCCAACAAAAAAGAACAGUUGUAUGGAUAUUUAAAGUCAAAGAAAUGAAGGGCCUUUUUAAUUGAGCAUUGGGCUGCUAUCAGUACAGUAAGCUUCAAUCAUUUUUGAUCACUGGUUCUCUUUGCUGGUGGCUGAUAGCACUUUCUGUAUGAUAAAAAUAAUAAUAAUAUGAUUUGUGUUGUUCAUCUUAAGCUGAUCACUGUUUUCUCACUGCUUGAGGGUAUUUUUUAUAUAUAUAGUUUCAUUUCUUGUCAUGUACAGUUUCUGGUUUGUACACCUGAAGUGAGUGCCAUGUUGAGUGAGAGCGUUGAACAUUACCAGGAGGCACUUUGCUGUGCGGAGGAGAGAGGAGAGCAGCUGUAGACGUGUUUGUGUUCCACUCCUUUUUCUUUCUGGACUGUAACAGGUGUUUUUGCUCUGAUUUGGAUCUGAUGUUGGUUAGAGACAGGUGAGAAGAUUCAGAGGUGCCUUUUCUUUUGGUGUGUUUUCCCUUCUUCUUUUUGUAUUUCUUUCUAGGGGGAGCUUAAUUAUCCUGUUAAUGAAAAUAUGCUCUGGACAGAACAUAUUUGUUGUGAUUAAGCAGUGAACCUCUUAACUCACUAUAUUUGAGUUGCGCCGUCAGAGAAACAUUUUAAACUUUUUUGCAGCUGAUUGCCACUGUGUACAGACCAGGGUCAGAGUUUCACUUUGAGUGAUUCAACAUACAGAUUACAAACCAUGUGUGGGAUUCUGUCGCAGAGUGAGGCCAAAGUUGUGACUGGAUUUGAUGGUGAAAUCUAACUGUGAAAAAUCUAAAUGUGGUUAAAAUUCCACCUUUAAAUUGCUGUUAGUUUUAUAUUUGACUCCCUAAAAAGACAUUGGCAAUUAUGUCUAUAUGUGAUGUGCAUCCAUCGGGUUGCUUUGAGCUUCCCUGGAAGUUUAACAUUCAAUGAAGCCAAGAUCGAGGAAAAUUACAACCUUCGUUAAUUCGGACACUUAGUAAAUUUCAGUAACUGCCAUUGAAAUGCAGCAAAUCUAAAGAAAGGCGUAAGUGGAGUACAGCUGAGUGACUAACAACCUGUGAAUCGCCAUUCUGGUGUAAAAGGAAAGAGUUCUCCAUGUUUCGUUAUCGAGGUGAAAAAUAAAAAUGCCACCUUUUUUUUGAUGUUAUAAAGCUGUGACAUAUCAUACGUCAUCAGAUGCAGAAGUCCUCCAACUCAAACAAUGAGCAACUUUGGUCCCAGCAGAACUCCGACAUUAUCUUCCCAGUGUCCUCUCUCUCUCUGAAGCAGCCACCUUAUCUUCCACAUUGAUGCUGUUGUACCACAUUCACGACAAAUAAAAGGAUCGGAAUGCA